GCUCGCGUCGCGCCAUUGCGUCACCGCAACCGCAUACCAUCCAACCAGCCUCGGCGGUCCGAUCCGAAACAACGGCCAGAAACGCCUCUCAGAUCCGCGAGCUCCGCGAUAUUUAUCCCGUGCGUGCGCGGCGGCAUCGAAGCUCCACUCCACGGAAAAGCCUUUUCGUUUCGUGUCUCACGCCGCCGGUAACCAACGCCGUCGACGCGCGUGAGCUUUCCGUGUACCUCUACUGCACUACUCCGGCCUCUAUCUUCUGGCCGGUGCCUUUUGGGAAUGCGGAGCAAUGUGGAGGAGCACGCGCACUGACCUCGCCGGCAAGCAUAGCCUACGCGGCGGCCGCAACUGCCACCGCAAGCACGUCGAGGACGGGUAGACCGACAGCCCUGCAUCGCUCGCUUCGAUCGACAGUCGCCGGACGGUCCAGCGCGACGCAAUGGAGGACGCGCCGGAGGGGAAGAAGAACGUGCUGCAGGGCCGGUACGAGCUGGGGCGGGUGCUGGGGCACGGCAACUUCGGGCGGGUGCACGCGGCGCGGGACCUGCGCACGGGCCGCGGCGUGGCCGUCAAGGUGGUGGCCAAGGACAAGGUGGAGCGCGCCGGGAUGGUGGAGCAGAUCAAGCGCGAGAUCGCCGUGAUGAAGAUGGUCUCCCACCCCAACGUCGUUGAGCUGCACGAGGUCAUGGCCAGCCGCUCCAAGAUCUACCUGGCCCUCGAGCUCGUCCGCGGCGGCGAGCUCUUCGCCCGGAUCACCCGCGCAGGGCGCCUCCGCGAGGACGUCGCGCGCCGAUACUUCCGCCAGCUCGUCUCGGCCGUCGACUUCUGCCACGGCCGAGGCGUGUACCACCGCGACCUCAAGCCCGAGAACCUGCUCCUCGACGAGGCGGGAAACCUCAAGGUCGCCGACUUUGGGCUCAGCGCGCUCGCGGGGCACGCCCGACCCGACGGGCUCCUCCACACCGCGUGCGGCACGCCCGCGUACGUGGCGCCCGAGGUGCUCGGUGGGAACGGCUACGACGGCGCCAAGGCCGACAUCUGGUCCUGCGGCGUCAUCCUCUACGUGCUCCUCGUCGGCGCACUGCCGUUCCGGGACGAGAACCUCAUGUGCAUGUACCGCAAGAUGCAGCGCGCCGACUUCCUCUGCCCGUCCUGGGUCUCCAGGGACGCGCGGAAGCUCAUCGCCAGGCUGCUCGACCCCAACCCGAGCAGCCGCAUUGCGGUCGCCGGCAUAAUCGAGUCGCCGUGGUUCAAGAAACCGUCGCCCAUUCCACCGGUCUCCCUCGGGGUGCCCGUGCCAUCGCCGGACGCGCGCGGCAAGGGCGAGGACAAGCAGGAAGAGGCCCCCGAGGCGAUGAACGCAUUCCACCUUAUCUCCCUCUCCGCGGGCUUCGACCUGUCGCCGCUGUUCGACCAGGGGCCCCCGUCGUCGUCCUCGUCGGGGCACGGGGCGACGCGCGAGGGCGGGGCCAACAUGCGGUUCGCAACGCGGGAGCCUGCCAGCAGCGUGAUCUCGCGGCUGGAGGGCCUGGCGAGCGGCGGGGCCAUGCGCGUCACCAAGAGCGGCGCGCGCGGGGUGCGGCUCGAGGGCGCCGAGCGCGGCCGCAAGGGGCGGCUCGGCGUGGCCGCGGAGUUCUUCAGCGUGGCGCCAUCCGUGCUCGUGGUCGACGUCAAGAAGGACGGCGGGGACACGAUGGAGUACUGCUCUUUCUGCAGCGACGAGCUCAGGCCGGCGCUCAAGGACAUCGUCUGGGCCGCCGCCGCGGGGGCGUCCGCCGGUGACCCACCUGCCGCCGCCGCCGCUAUCUGACGUCGCUGUCGUCCGCGCCACCAUUAUUGCACCUGCACGUCGCUGUUGCUAUCCGGCAGGUGUGCAUUAUUGUUCGGCAGCCGGAGUUGAUGGUCGGCUGCUGGUUGUAGUAGUAGUUGGCCUUGUAUUUGCGCGGGAGGGAGCAAGACAGAAUCGGCGCCAAGUGAUGCGCUCUACAGAUGUCUGCGUCUGCCAAUAUCGUUUUGAACUGUAUCAGCACAGCAUGUUGUUUUCUUUUUUUUGAACAAAGCAUGUUGUUUUCUUCAUUGAA